CAUCCCGCCCCGGCCAACUUCCCCCUCUGCGCAUCCCGGCUCACCUCUCUCCCCUUUUCAGUUUCUCCCCCUUCGUUUUCUCUCCUUCCACCUCGGUCCCCUCGCCUCCAAAUCCUUCAGCAGUCACACCGAUCGCUUCUGUGGCUUUGUUUAAAAAGAAAGAAGAGGAAGAAGAACAAAAAAAGAAGACGAAUUCAGAUAGGUCUGAGGUGCCUUCUUGAGCAGGAGCACAAUCCAUAUCCCUGGGCAUUAGCCCGGGACCAUGUCUGGUUUCAGCAGCUGCCUCCCAGGGUCACCUGGGCCUGGUGUCACCCUUCGUCUGAGCCAGCUUUAAGUCCGGAUUGUGGGGGCGCAGAAGGGGGAGCGCACUGAGAAAGUGACAAACACGCGCAGAGCCUGCCUGGGGCUCCAGGGCCCUGCUGAGUGUGGAGGCGGGGAGGGGACAGCCCAAACUCUCUCAGUCUCACUCCCAGUGAUAACCUGCAGCUAUGGAGUCCCCAACCAAGGAGAUUGAAGAAUUUGAGAGCAACUCUCUGAAAUACCUGCAACCUGAACAGAUCGAGAAAAUUUGGCUUCGCCUCCGAGGACUGAGAAAAUAUAAGAAAACAUCCCAGAGGUUACGGUCUUUGGUCAAACAAUUAGAGAGAGGGGAGGCUUCGGUGGUAGAUCUUAAGAAGAAUCUGGAAUAUGCAGCUACAGUGCUUGAAUCUGUGUACAUCGACGAAACCAGGCGACUCCUGGAUACAGAGGAUGAGCUCAGUGACAUCCAGUCGGAUGCGGUGCCUUCUGAGGUUCGAGACUGGCUGGCUUCCACCUUCACCCGACAGAUGGGGAUGAUGCUCAGAAGGAGUGAAGAGAAACCACGAUUCAAGAGCAUCGUCCAUGCAGUACAGGCUGGGAUCUUUGUGGAAAGAAUGUACAGACGAACAUCAAACAUGGUUGGACUGAGCUACCCACCAGCAGUUAUUGAAGCUUUAAAGGAUGUGGACAAGUGGUCUUUUGAUGUCUUUUCCCUCAAUGAAGCCAGUGGGGAUCACGCAUUGAAAUUCAUUUUCUAUGAGUUACUCACACGCUAUGAUCUGAUCAGCCGUUUCAAGAUCCCCAUUUCUGCACUCGUCUCAUUUGUGGAAGCCUUGGAAGUGGGAUACAGCAAACAUAAAAAUCCUUACCACAAUUUAAUGCAUGCUGCUGAUGUGACACAGACUGUGCAUUACCUUCUCUAUAAGACAGGAGUGGCGAACUGGCUGACGGAGCUGGAGAUCUUUGCUAUAAUCUUCUCAGCUGCCAUCCAUGACUAUGAACACACCGGAACCACCAACAAUUUCCACAUUCAGACCCGGUCUGAUCCAGCUAUUCUGUACAACGAUAGGUCUGUAUUAGAAAAUCACCACUUAAGUGCAGCUUAUCGCCUUCUGCAAGAAGAUGAGGAAAUGAAUAUUUUGAUCAACCUCUCAAAGGAUGACUGGAGGGAAUUUCGGACUUUGGUAAUUGAGAUGGUGAUGGCCACGGAUAUGUCCUGUCAUUUCCAACAAAUCAAAGCAAUGAAGACUGCCCUGCAGCAGCCAGAAGCGAUUGAAAAACCAAAAGCCUUAUCUCUGAUGCUGCACACGGCAGAUAUUAGCCAUCCAGCAAAAGCAUGGGAUCUCCAUCAUCGCUGGACAAUGUCUCUCCUGGAGGAGUUCUUCAGACAGGGUGACAGAGAAGCAGAACUGGGGCUGCCUUUUUCUCCUCUGUGUGACCGAAAGUCAACCAUGGUUGCUCAGUCCCAAGUAGGUUUCAUUGAUUUCAUUGUGGAACCCACCUUCACUGUGCUCACAGACAUGACCGAGAAGAUUGUGAGUCCCCUAAUCGAUGAGCCCUCUCAAACGGGUGGCACUGGACAGAGGCGUUCAAGUCUGAACAGCAUCAGUUCGGCAGAUGCCAAGCGAUCAGGUGUCAAGAGCGCUGGCUCAGAAGGAAGUGCCCCGGUCAACAACAACGUGAUCCCCGUUGACUAUAAGAGCUUUAAAACCACUUGGACGGAGGUGGUGCACAUCAAUCGGGAGCGAUGGAGGGCCAAGGUCCCCAAAGAGGAGAAAGCCAAGAAGGAAGCAGAGGAAAAGGCUCGCUUGGCUGCAGAGGAGAAGCAGAAGGAAAUGGAAGCCAAAGGCCAGGCUGAAGAAGGAGCAUCUGGCAAUGCUGAGAAAAAGACGUCUGAGGAAGCUAAGAACCAAGUCAAUGGAACGCGCACCAACAAAAACCACAACCCUCGUGGGAAGAAUUCCAAAGCUGAGAAGUCGUCAGGAGAAAAGCAACAGAAUGGUGACUUGAAAGAUGGUAAAAAUAAGACUGACAAGAAGGAUCAAUCCAAUGUCGGAAAUGAUUCAAAGAAAACAGAUGGCACUAAGAAGCGUUCUCAUGGCUCCCCAGCCCCAAGCACUAGCUCCACAAGUCGCCUGACCUUGCCAGUCAUCAAGCCUCCUCUGCGUCACUUUAAACGCCCUGCUUACGCAUCUAGCUCCUAUGCACCUUCGAUCCCAAAGAAAACUGAUGAGCAUCCUGCGAGGUACAAGAUGCUGGAUCAGAGGAUCAAAAUGAAAAAGAUUCAGAACAUCUCACAUAACUGGAACAGAAAAUAGGUCCGGGGCAAUAGUGGGAGUGAUGGCGAGGCCCACCUACCCACCCACCUCUCAGCACUCACCAGCCACUGUGGGCAACGCCCCCAAGACCCUGGAAGCUUUAGGGGCUGGCACUGUCAUGGUGACUCCAAGAGGACAAGUGAAGGCCACGUGUGAUUUCCCCUUUGUCAUGUUACACACUUUUUAGUUGCUGGACUUGUGGUCAACGUAAACUCCAGCAGCAAAAUCACUUAGAGGGUAGUCCCAUGAGGCUUUUCUUGGUAUGAAUUUUUUAAAAUCUAAAUUGGACUAAAAUUAGAAUAAUGCUACCUGUUCAGAAAAAGUAAAAAUACCUCCAGUGACAGUUUUUUCAUCUUUGGAAGUUGACUUGCCCCAAUAAAAAUAUUGGUCCGGUGAUCAUCAUACUUAAGUAUUUAAGAAAUAAACUUCAAAAACGUCUUUUCCAAUUUUAAAUCUAGUAGUUAAAAUUCAAGUAAAUGUGUAACUUUUGAAGUAAGCCCAUUCAAAACAAUAGUUGUCCUUAUGAAUAUUGCAGUCGUAGAGGGAAGAGACAGAUGAAUUGUUGUGUUCAUAGAGAUUUCCAAACACAAGCUUCAUGAAGGAGAUCCAAAUUCAAAGCAAAGUCCUGGGUUUUGGUUCUCAUUGGGUGCCUCAAGCCCAAUACCCUUGUGAUACCUUUAAAGUUAUGGGUGAUUUCAGGAAAUGCAUUUUGACUUUACUUCUUCUAAUCCCUUACUUUCUCUCACAUUAGAAAAUGCUAAAAAUCGAGGGAUGCCCAUGCCUCAGGUAUUCCAGGUUUGAGAUUCAUGACAAGAGAUGUCCAUGAACCUAACUGGAAUUCCCUAUUUGCAGAUUUUCCUUCAUAAGGUUGGAGAUGCCUUUAAGUUAAAUUUCAGACCAUCUUCCCACAUUGCUGAGGUGGGUUGCUCUCCCAACUAUUGGGAGAAUGUAAGUUGAAAACCCAGCACUCCAUGGUGACAUUUUCAGCCCUGUGUCUCUUUCCAUAAAAUAUUUACCCUAGUGCACAGAUGCCUUUGGGAAGGGUAUACUACGGGGACUCAAUCUGAGGGAGUGGGGGGAAGCAAAUACUGUUUAAAAAUAAAAUAUUUAUUUUUACCCUAGGACUAAAAGCACAGGAAAGGUAGAAAAAAGUGCAAGGCCAGUAAAAUUCUUGUCCCUUCAGAAAUGGUCAGAUGCAGUGGAAAAACUUGAGGUUUGUCGUCAGGCCGGUCUGAUUUCCCAUCCCUGUCCCUACUUUAACUAGAUGCAGGUCCUCGGUCAAACAGCAUCAUCUUUAAAAGCUUCCGUUUGCUUAACUAGAAAGUGGAUUCAUAAUACUCACUCUGCCUAUUGUAAGACCGAUGAAGGCUAAUGUAGGUUCAGAUCGUAGCUGCUGAGAUUGGCUGGAGAGUGUAGGUGCACCGCAGAUGCAGCCAGAAGCAUUCUCCAUCCAGACAAACUCUCUAAGACUCCCCUGGAAGGUCGAUGCCAUGGCCUUUGGAGUCUGGUGGUAAAGGGGUUAGUGUCCUCGCCUGCUCUCAUUCUCCACAUUUCAUUUCCAGUAAACCACAGUUACAUGAGUUGAGACAGCUCCAGAUUUUAGUGCCCAUCAUGCUAGCGAGCAAUUUAUUUACAGUGUGCUUUACGAUGGUAUUUCAGGGAAACGUAAUUACUAUACAAAAAGAAAAAUCACUGUGACUUUUGUUAGGGCAGCAUUGUAAUUCUUAGCACCCCGCUAGUGCCUGAGCUGUGGCCCUUCUGCAGGCUGGUAGUGACCGCUCCACCUGAGUUAGAUUAUUUCCUGUCUGUUUUUAUACAGACGCCUGUUGUGAGGAGCUAGGUAGGCCCCCAAUGAAACCGCCCAUGGAGUGGGGCCUCCCUGCUGCCCAGUGACUCAGUCCGUACACGGACUCCCUCACCUAUUUCUUAGUUCCUUCACCUCGGUGUGGAACGUGAGGGCCGCUAUACUCUCUUGACUGUACAUCUUCACUUAGAAGCCACGAUCCUGGGGGGGAAACGGCUCCCUCUGUGUUCUUUUAUCCCAAGAUGUUAUUUUUCACCCUUUGCUAAUAUUUUACUUGAGCAAAUGUACAGACAUGGAGAGUCUGCACUGCUUGUAAAAUGCCAACCAUGUUUUUUGCAUGUUGGAUUGUAUAGAAAUGCCAGAUUAUAUUCUUACAGCAAAUAAAAAGAUGCUUUUAAAG